AACAAAAAUAUCACGUGGACUAUUCUCCCCCUCACAGCCUCUGCUGUAGACCCUACCCUUCCCCUUCUCUCUCUCUUGCUCGCCGCCUCUUUCCUCUCUCCUCCCAUCAUCACCAAAUGCGAUUUUGCAGACCGAACACAAACCCACACACCCGUCUGAAACAGACCAGACUGUGAAACAGCGAGCGGAAGAAAGUUUACCAUGGAAGAGGUCUCAACGGGGGCCAUAGUUCCUGCGGUGAAGCCGGAGCCUAGACCAUCUCCUUCCUUCGCUGCGGCAGCAGCGGCUUCUCCGGAUCAAACCGCGCAGGCGGGGGCGAAGGACGCGGGUUUUUCAGAAUUGGAGAAGGAUUUUCUUUGCCCAAUUUGUAUGCAAAUCAUUAAAGACGCGUUUCUUACAGCUUGUGGCCACAGUUUUUGCUACAUGUGUAUAAUUACUCACCUCCGCAACAAGAGCGAUUGCCCUUGCUGCGGACAUUACCUCACUAGCAACCAGCUCUUCCCUAAUUUCUUACUACAGAAGCUAUUGAAGAAGGUUUCUGCGCGUCAAACAUCAAAAAAUGCAUCCCCCGUUGAGUGUUUUCUUCAGGCACUGCAACAGGGUUGUGAAAUUCCGAUCAAGGAUCUGGACAACCUUAUGUCGCUGCUUGCUGAGAAAAAAAGAAAAAUGGAGCAAGAAGAAGCUGAGAGAAAUAUGCAAAUAUUGCUAGACUUCUUGCAGUACUUACGGAAGCAAAAAGUUGAUGAAUUGAAUGAGGUGCGGACAGAUCUCCAGUAUAUUAAGGAGGACAUAGAGGCUGUAGAGAGACAUAGGAUUGAGUUAUACCGUACUAGAGACAGGUAUUCUAUGAAAUUGUGGAUGCUCGGAGAUGAUCCCAAUGUGAGAAAACCAUGGCCUUCAACAUUAGAUAGGAAUAGUGGUGGUGUGAUCAGCAGUUCUCUAAAUGCGAAAGGAGGGUUGACUGCAGGGAAUCUUCCAACUAAGACAAUGGAUGGCAAGUCUCAAGUAAGCUCUCAUGGACUUCAGAGAAAGGAUACUUUAAGUGGAUCUGAUUCACAGUAUAAUCGGUCAGGCCUAUCUGUGGUAAGGAAAAAGCGGGUCCAUGCACAGUUCAAUGACCUACAAGAAUGUUAUCUGCAAAAGCGUCGUCUGUUGACAACCCAACCACAUAACCAACAAGAAAGGGAUAAAAAUAUCAUAGAUAGAGAGGGCUACAGCACAGGUCUAGUAGAAUUUCAGUCUGUGCUGAAUACCUUCACUCAGUACAGUCGCUUGAGGGUCAUUGCUGAACUUAGGCAUGGGGAUAUAUUUCACUCUGCCAAUAUAGUGUCAAGCAUAGAAUUUGACCGUGAUGAUGAAUUGUUUGCUACUGCUGGAGUUUCAAGGCGAAUCAAAGUUUUUGACUUCUCCACUGUACUGAAUGACCCUGCUGAUGUGCAUUGUCCCGUUGUGGAGAUGUCAACACGUUCUAAGCUUAGUUGCUUGAGUUGGAACAAGUAUGCUAAGAAUCAGAUAGCUAGUAGUGAUUAUGAGGGAAUAGUAACUGUUUGGGAUGUGACAACUAGGCAGAGUGUGAUGGAAUAUGAAGAACAUGAAAAACGUGCAUGGAGUGUUGACUUUUCUCGUACUGAACCCUCGAUGCUUGUGUCUGGUAGUGAUGAUUGCAAGGUGAAAGUUUGGUGCACAAAUCAGGAAGCUAGUGUUAUCAACAUUGACAUGAAAGCGAAUAUUUGCUGCGUCAAGUAUAAUCCUGGUUCUAGCAAUUACAUUGCGGUUGGUUCCGCAGACCAUCAUAUUCACUACUAUGACUUGAGAAAUAUCAGCCAUCCGCUCCAUAUGUUCAGUGGACAUCGCAAAGCUGUUUCAUAUGUGAAAUUCUUGUCCAACAAUGAGCUUGCUUCAGCAUCUACUGACAGUACAUUACGAUUAUGGGAUGUCAAGGAUAAUGUGCCAGUUCGUACCUUCAGAGGCCACACAAAUGAGAAGAAUUUUGUAGGUCUCUCAGUAAACCGUGAUUACAUUGCAUGUGGCAGCGAAACAAAUGAAGUUUUUGUCUACCACAAGGAAAUAUCCAGACCUGUUACAUGGCACAGAUUUGGCUCACCUGAAAUGGAUGACGCUGAUGAGGAUGCUGGAUCUUACUUUAUUAGCGCCGUCUGCUGGAAGAGUGAUAGCCCUACAAUGCUAGCCGCAAAUAGCCAGGGUACGAUUAAAGUACUAGUUCUUGCAGCGUAAACAAAUCAUGAAGGGAUUUAAAAAGAAAAAAAAAAAAGAAAAGAAAAAGAAGCAGAAUAGGAGAUUAACGUAUUUAAACUGUGGUCAGAUUUUCAAUUUCAGCCUUACACUUGUUGGAGGUUCAAUUUUUAAUCCAUUGUUUACUUUCUGUCCAAAUUAGUCCACAAGUUCAUAUUUAAGUUCAAUUUAGUCAAGAAAUCAAAAUGAGUUAGAUUUCAUCAAAAUUAGUCUAAAUUGAGUUUAAAUUGAACUUUCUGUACUAAUUUUGAUGAAAAGUUGAAAAUGGAUUGAUUGAACUUUUGUACAAGGGUAAAAUUGAGCAGUAAUCUCUUGAUUGUGUGGUGAAUCUAUGGUCGAUGAUGAUUGAUUAUUGCUGUAUAUAUCUUUAGAGUGGAGCAUGAAUUAGAGCGGAUUUGUGGCUCUGGUUCCGUAUAUAUAUAAUUUCUUUCAGAUUAUUGUACAAGCUUUCAAUACAGAGUGCAGUCGUUAGGGAUUUUCAUUGUGA